CAGCCGAGCCCAUCCUUUCCAACUUGUUUAUAUCGUCACCAUCCGCUGCAUCUCGACCAGUUCCGUCUAGAGAGUAGACAGACACAACACAAACACGCAUACACAUACACAUAUUCUACAUCACUUCCAACAACACAACGCCUCUUGUCUUCUCCACAACACGUCACGCGACACACAACACGACAAGAUGAUGCCGGCACUCAUGGGAGGCGUCCUUCCUGGACCCUUUCCUGCCACCUAUCACACCGAUGCCUUCUUUGAUGAUCUGUCAAGACAAAUGGCCGCUUCUCAGGCGUCACGAAGGUUAUCCCGAGGCUCCAGUGGACAGCAACGGAACGGAGGUGUGAUGCGCGUGGCAAAGCCCACCAGUGCCAACAGCAGCCCGAGGUCAACAUCGGCGAGGAGAAAGACUGUGGUGAAUGAUGGAAACUUGGCAAGGCGGAGGCAACAGCCCAUGGACCAAGUCACCAUGCCCGAGUAUGCCUCUCAGUCUCGACCGAGCCGUCCUCUCAGCUGGCACCCUCCCACCUUCCAACACCAACAACAAAAGAUGCCUGUUGCCCAGCACAUGGCUUCGUAUCCGUUCCCGCCUACUGCCUCAUCAUAUGACACCGACAGCUACCACGCCUAUCAGCAAUUCCCGCCAACCCCGGCGGCUUACUCGUGCAACACUUCGCCGGUUGCCUCAUUCUCCCCUCUUUCUCUGCCGUUCGGCACCUAUGACAGCUCGGCGUAUCUGCCUGUCGAAGGCUGGAAUACUCCCCAUCAGACACCACCGGCAUACGUCUCAUCGGAGACCACUGGAUACGCAGAGCCCUUUCCGGGUCUGCCCACCACCCUACCGGACCUCACACCUUCCACGUCCACACACUGGAACUCGUACCCGUUGAACGGCUUCACCAGCACAUCUCCUCCCACGCCCGAGACGCUGCCGCAGGCUCAGCAGCCCCAACCCAUUGUCCCCAACGAGGACAACAUUCCUUAUCAACCUCUGGAUGAGCCCGAAGAGGAAGGCGAGAUCCUGGUCGGCAUGGGUCUGUACGACGCGCCAGACAAAUACGACCAAGACCCCCAGCUCGACGCUUCUCGGUCCGCCAUGUCUUCCCUGCUGGGCGCGUCGUACCGUCCCCGCGAAGCUACCGGCAAGGGUCUGAAGUUGGAGGAGUCGUGGCAGCCUCCUGAGAGCGAUGACGAAGAAGAAGCGGAACAGGAUGAUGCCGACGGCGAGGACUCGGAUUAAUGACAUGACAAAAGACCACUCGGUGUGGUGCGACACCAGCGCAAGCUGUUAUGAUUCCACGACGAAAAUCUGUAUAACUAUGUAUGAUUUGAAGAUGUACGACCAAAGCUUUUGGGGUUUAUGUCUGGACCGAGCGAGCGGAUAAUCUCAAUCUCGUCAAUGGUCCAGGAGCAGUGGGUGGAGAGGGGGGGUGCAGAGAAGGAGAGGAAAAGAGACAUACCCAGACGAGAGAAAGCAUGGACCCAAAUCAAAUGGUCCGUGCGCUUCUCCCAACAGAAGCGGUGCAAGAGCUGCCUAGAUAGAAAACAAUCAAAACCGCGUCUGGCGCAAACAUGACAAACGCAAUUAGGCUCCGAUAUGAAAUAAUUUGACACUUCAAUUUGCUGACCCAACCGAAGAAUGAGCCAGUUUAUGCAUCGGUAUCUGCCAGGCUCAGCCGAUUGUAAU